AUGAGCAGUCCGAGCAGCAAGCAAAUGUCCGACAAGGACGUCUCGGCGGCGUUCACCUCAUUUUACCUUCAGCGGGCGACCAAGGAGUUUGCAGAGGACCUCGACAAGAUCCGCAACGCCGACGACUUCAAGAGCGACGCAAUUCCCACCCUGGUCAGCGCCUUAUCCCAGGGCACUGCCAUGUUCUCGCCCGCAGACCAGCGCAGGAUCGUCACGGCGGAGGGUUACCCCUGUGGCAUGACACCAGAAGCGGCGUGCUACACAGAGUACGCAGGCGGCGGGACGGGAUUUGGGCUUCGGAACCCCAUACAAAUCUUCUGGCGCCUGUCACCUUAG